GACCGCUCUUGGGCGGGAUGUCACGCUUCCAGAAGUACGCACAACACCACGGGUACAACCGGUCGCCGGGUGGGCCAUAUGCACGGGCGACGCAUGCGGGCGCGUCACCUGUGCCGGAAGACCGGCAAUGGGCGUCCGAGCUUGCGGCGUACGAGCGGUCGAGGUCGGCGCUCGGCUUCCGUCUUCCGAGCGAGACGCCGCAUCGUGUGACGCAUGCAGAGGUCAAGGCGGUCGAGGCUGCCUUCAAUCCGCUGACCGGAAGGUACACCGAUCCGGAUCAUGAGCUGGCCGUGCGGUCUCGGGAGCAGGCGGUGCGAUCGCAGAAGGUGAGGACCUCGGGCGCUCUGGCCAAGCAGAGAGAUCGGACACCGUACAACAUCUUGUCCAACAUUGAUCACGGCGCGGCGGUAGCUUCGCCGACCGCAAGGCUCUCGCGGGCGGAUCCGUAUGGCCAUGGCGGACAGAGCCCACCGCCGGCGGCCUUGCCCCCGCAGCACGCUGCCGGGCGGCGUUCGAUCUCGGACCGAUCGACGGCGCGAGUCUCGCCGCCGCGGGUGACUGCCAACCACAGCAACUACACCUACGACAUUAUCGGCGGCCAGCCGCUGGCGUCUGAUGCCGAGCGGGUCUCGCCGCUGGUGCGGUCUGGUGCGCGACAGCCGCCACCACAGUACGGGUCCGGGAGAAGCGCGCCGGCCUCGCAUCGCCAUCCACCGCCGCCUCGCGCGCCUUCGCGGUCGUACAACAUCCUCACCUGCGAGGAAGAGCGGUCGGCGCCGCGACGGGCUGGCCCAAGUCGCAGCCACGACGGUAACAUCGUGCUGCCGGCCAAGGGCAAGGCGCCCUUUCACACCUCGCAGUCGAUUGUCGACUACAACAUCAUCACCGGCCGGUCGUCGUCCUCGCUUGGCACCCGCGGUGGCAAAUACCGUCUGCCAUACACACCGUAAUCGUCCGUCGACACCACGUGUUCUCACGCCUGUGGUCACGGAGAACCGCCGCCGGGCGCCCUCACGUUGUGCCCCCCCCUUAAACCCAAGCCAAGCCACCAA